AUGAACAAACCCAGCCUAGCUACCACUGUGCCCAGAGGAGAAGAAGAAAUGGCGUCUGCUGCUGCUGCUGCUGCUAGUGCUACCAGCAGCAAGAAGACGAUGCUGCGCGUCCUCAUCUUCCCCUUCUUCGCCACCAGCCACAUCGAGCCCUUCACCGACCUCGCCGUCCGCCUCGUCGCCGCUGGACCUGCCGUGGAGGCCACCAUCGCAGUCACGCCGGCCAACGCCCCGGUCGUCCAGUCCUUGCUCCGGCGACGUGGGCAGCCGGAGCAUGUCAAGAUAGCCACGUACCCGUUCCCGGCCGUGGAAGGGCUCCCGGAGGGCGUGGAGAACCUCGGCAGGGCCACGGAGGCCGACGCGUGGCGCAUCGACGCCGCCGCCCUGAGCGAGCAUCGGAUGCGCCCGGCGCAGGAGGCGCUCGCCAGGGCGCAGUCCCCGGACGCGGUAGUCACCGACGUGCACUUCGCCUGGAACGUCCGCGUCGCCGGCGAGCUCGGCGCGCCGUGCGUCGCGUUCAGCGCCAUCGGCGCCUUCCCGACGCUCGCCCUGCACCACCUCGAGCGGGUGGACGUCGACGAUGGCGAUGCGGACGUCGUCACGGUCCCCCAGUUUCCGGCCCCUAGUAUCCGGGUACCCAGGGCCGAGCUGCCGGAGUUCCUGAGGGGCCAUGAGCGGUACUCCAUGCUCAGCAAGAUUGUUCCGGUGCAGGACUGCUUCUGCCAGGCCAUGAACACCUCGUCGGAGCUGGAGCGGCAGUACUGCGAGAUGUACAUGCGCCAUGGCUACGCGAAGCGCGCCUACUUCGUGGGCCCUCUAUUCUUCUCGUCGUCAUCACCAUCCCCUUCCCCGGCCGGCGGCGGCGUGGACGACCAACAGUCACAGUGCAUCGGCUGGCUGGACUCGAAGCCAAGCCGCUCGGUGGUGUACCUGUGCUUCGGCAGCCUCACCCACGUCUCCGACGCACAGCUGCAGCAGCUCGCUCUCGGGCUGGAGGCCGCCGGGAAGCCGUUCCUGUGGGUGGUGAGGGACGCCGGGAACUGGACCCCGCCGGAGGGGUGGUCCGAGCGUGUGGGAGACCGAGGGCUCCUCGUCACGGCGUGGGCCCCGCAGACGGCGAUACUAGGGCACCCGGCGGUGGGCGCGUUCGUGACGCACUGCGGGUGGAACUCCGUCCUGGAGACGGUGAUGGCGGGGGUGCCGGUGCUGACGUGGCCCAUGGUGUUCGAGCAGUUCAUCACCGAGAGGUUGGUGACGGAGGUGCUGGGCAUCGGGGAGCGGCUGUGGCCGUGCGGCGCCGGCCUGCGAAGCACCAGGCACGAGGAGCACGAGGUGGUCCCGGCCGGAGACGUGGCACGUGCGGUGACGGCGUUCAUGCGCCCCGGAGGGGCAGGGGACGCGGCGAGGAGCAGGGUGACCGACCUCGCCGCCAAGUGCCGUGCCGCCGUGGCGGAAGGGGGCUCCUCCCACCGUGAUCUGCGUCGUCUCGUCGACGAUCUCAUGGAAGCAAAAGCCAAGAGGAGCUAG